ACCUCUUUCAUACCGAACAGAUCAUCCUUCCGGUGGAGUGUGGUCUUCGAUCAAUCUAUUCCGACAGGAUGCGAUGCACAUAAUCACGGCUCGCGAUACCGAAGUGUGAGGCUACAGCUUCGACCGAGCCAGUAUCAAGCACGCUCACCUCUAGCAUCUCAUGUCUUCGGAAGCCGCGAACCGACCACACAAACGGAUGCGCCUGUCCCGAGCUUGCAACAAAUGUCGGUCUCGGAAAGUGCGAUGCGACGAACAACAGCCAUCAUGCUCCAACUGCAUUCGAGCAGGGGCUGAGUGCAUUACCACAGAUCCGAACAAUCCAACCGAGCUCGCGACUCACGCUCGUCGCAGAGCUGGUACUGGUCUCGCUAAUUCACCGUCUGGCUCCGGGACCUCACAUACGAUCAAUGGAGCAAACGGGCAUACGGAAGCUCCAUCGUCUGAUGUCGGUACUUAUCAGAGUCCCAUCUGGCAGCGGAAUACGCCACUGCAAGAAACACCCCUUAAUCGUCCAAGCGUUCGCAUGGCCAUUAGUGAUCUAGUCGAGAGAUCAGAGCCUAGAACAGAGCAACAAGAACAGCAACCGAGACCGACUGUCGUGAUCUCCAGUAUGGUAGAUAGCGGCCAAAGCCCUGGAUUCGCAGUCAAUUCUGUGAGUGCUACCGAGCGGAAGUACUUGGGCUCGACUAGCCUGCAGGUGUUUUCUCAAUGGCUAGACAUGACACUCCAUGUCUCUCCUACCGGACUCACAAGUUCUUUUCAACAUGGCAUGAGGUUCUGCGAGGAGAUGGAGCUACCCGAAGACCUGUACAUGCCUUCGAUUCCUGCUGAUUGGGAGGCAUAUACCGCGGCCUACUUCUCGUGUGUGGGCAGAUUCUUCUCGGUUGUAUCAAGGGACAGCAUUACUUCGUUUGCGGAACGAAUGCAGCGUCAAGAUUUGAGAGCACUGCCUGUCCGUCAAAGACCGCUCAUCGCGACAGUGUAUGCUUGCUUGGCCAUUGGAGCGGAUUCUCUUGGUCACUCCGCACAAGGCACUGCCUAUAUAACUGCAGCAUACUCUCUGUAUGCUUAUCUUGUUGCUCAGCCUUAUUUACCAUCGGCUCAAGCUCUGGUACUCAUCUGUCUAGCUCUACGCGGUCGUAAUAAGGACGGCGCAGGCUCACAAGCAUUAGGCCAGGCGAUCCGCAUCAUACAUUCUCUUGGUCUUCACAGAAAGCUGAACGGAUACGGCAACCCCAACAUGGAGCAGACUGAGCUCAUGCAUCUCGGGCUCAAAACCUGGUGGAGCGCAUACUGUCUUGACCGUAUCAUGAGUUUAGAGACCGGAAGACCGCCGCAAAUACAGGACGAAGACGUUGAUCAGAUUAGGGAUCUUCAGAGCAAAAGUGUGAGGGAAGUAGAUGCGCUACAAGCACUCACUACACUGGCAACUAUACAGGGCAGUAUAUGUAGGCAUCUGGCUACCAUAAAGCUUCCGACCAUUGCCGCAGUUCUGGAAGCUCAAUCUCGCUUGGACAAAGCUCUUGUAGAAUGGCAAAAUGAACUUUCCCUGGAAUUGCGCUGCGACGGAGAUAUCUCAAUCAACGGACCUGAACUUGCUCUCCCACGGGCGUUCUUGACCAUACAAUAUCAUUCUACAAUGAUCAAUCUUCAUCGAGCUGCUUUGCUAAUGGAUAAGGAAAUACACCGUACCAAUAUUGCUCGCUACAACCUGCAAAAGUCUGACGCCAACCGGCUGGCCUCCAGUGAAUCGAUAUGUGCAAAUUCUGCCAGAGCAAUCAUCACUGCUUAUCUACAAGCCAGAGACAUGACCGAACUCUCCAGACUUCAGACGCUCACUGGACCACUAAUGGCGAUUUAUGUGCUUUCUAUAGUCGCUCUGAAGAACCCUACCUCAUGGUCUACACGCUCUGAUGUUGGUUUGAUAUACUCCGCCGCCGAAGCAGUCGAGCAGAGAUACACUGCGGAUGGUCAAGACCCUGGAUUUUACACAUUGCUGAAGAGUCUGAAGCAAUUUGCUUCGCAGAACACCCUUUCGCCCAAGGGUAUCACGGCUUCAAGAGCACCGACCAGGAGGACUACACCGCUGCCAAGCAACUCACAGUACACCCCUCAGCCAAGCUCUGACAAUCAAAACGGAGGUACUGCAAGCACACAACUCAAUCAAGCUUAUGACCCAAACCUCUCCGAUGAGUGGGACAUGUUGUUUCCGCGCUUGUACGUAGGAGAUUUCGCACUUGACGCUGGAGGCUUCGAGGGUGUGGAUAUUGAGCACUUGAUGGGAAUACCGCAGCUAUCUUUCGACGAUCCUCAUUGAGUUUCUGAAUGACAAUUGUGCUUCGUUACAGAUUCCAAGUCUACCGACUACAAGUACGAUCUUUCUGAACGAGUCACUAGGUCUGCUUCCAUCAGGAUUCCUAUUGGCAUAUAGAAGACGACGGGAGCUGUUAUGAACGAACGUGCUUUACUGAGAAGAUACCUGGCUAUGCUGAUAUACUAUCUUCUGAAAUCAAAGC